GUGAAUAAUACGGAUGCUGAAGGCAGGCUUACUCUUGCAGAUGCUUUAGUCUAUGCUUGUAACCAGGGCGUUGAAAAGGUUGUUGAUCUAGCAACACUAACCGGUGCAUGUGUAGUUGCGCUUGGCCCUAGUAUUGCAGGAUACUUUACACCAAGUGAUGAACUCGCAAAGGAGAUUUGCUCGGCUUCCGAGGUUUCAGGAGAGAAAUUUUGGCGAAUGCCAUUGGAAGACAGCUAUUGGGAGUCGAUGAAGUCUAGUGUAGCUGACAUGCUGAAUACAGGAGGCCGUGCAGGUGGUGCCAUGACUGCUGCACUUUUCUUGAAACAGUUUGUGGAUGAGAAAGUGCAGUGGUUGCAUAUUGACAUGGCUGGCCCUGUUUGGAAUGAGAAGAAACGCACAUCUACAGGCUUUGGGGUCUCCACCUUGGUUGAGUGGGUUCUGCAGAAUUCUUCUCAUUAAUGCCCAAAAUAUAUUAAUAAAAAAAAACUUCAAUAUUUAUUGUUGUUAUUAUGAACCAAAAUAUUGAAGUUGCUAUGUUUUAAUUUGAUUAUUCUUCUACCAUGAAAGUAUGAAUGGAGACAUCACAGCCAGCCAAUGCAGGGGUCAGUGAUUAUUACA